AACGAGCCGCCUGCGCGCGCACACACAAACCCUCACACCUGUGCGGCUCCUCCCUCGCUGAGCGCGCGCUGGCCAAUGAGACGCGAGCUCCACAGUGUCUUGGAUUUUGCCGUCUCGAGCACCCCGUACACCCAGCCUGCACUCCACACGCAGAUACAGCACGAGCAUCUCCGUGUGAAAGCUAACCAUGGCUGAAGGAGGAGAAGGCGAGGAUGAAAUCCAGUUCCUGCGAACUGAUGAUGAGGUGGUCCUACAGUGCUCAGCCACAAUCCAUAAGGAGCAACAGAAACUCUGCCUGGCUGCUGAAGGCUUCGGGAACAGACUCUGCUUCCUUGAAUCCAUCUCCAACUCCAAGAAUGUGCCUCCAGAUCUGUCCAUCUGCACCUUCGUGUUGGAGCAGUCGCUGUCAGUACGAGCCCUUCAGGAGAUGUUGGCCAACACUGAGGAGAAGGCUGAGGGGACUGCGCAGGGUGGAGGCCAUCGCACCUUACUGUAUGGACAUGCUGUCCUGCUGCGACACUCCUACAGUGGAAUGUACCUGUGCUGUCUGUCCACCUCCCGCUCAUCCACAGACAAACUGGCUUUUGAUGUUGGACUGCAGGAAGAUACUACAGGCGAGGCGUGCUGGUGGACCAUCCAUCCAGCAUCAAAGCAGCGUUCAGAGGGAGAGAAGGUUAGAGUGGGAGAUGAUCUCAUCCUGGUCAGCGUCUCCUCUGAAAGAUAUCUGCAUCUGUCCUACGGUAAUGGCAGCCUCCAUGUCGAUGCAGCUUUCCAGCAGACAUUGUGGAGUGUGGCUCCCAUCUGUUCUGGCAGUGAAGUAGCACAAGGUUUCCUGAUAGGAGGGGACGUCCUGCGCCUCCUUCAUGGUCACAUGGAUGAAUGUCUGACUGUUCCCUCUGGGGAGCAUGGAGAUGAGCAGAGGAGGACAGUGCACUAUGAGGGAGGAGCAGUGUCCAGUCAUGCCAGGUCCCUGUGGAGGCUGGAGACGCUGCGUGUUGUGUGGAGUGGGAGCCAUAUCCGCUGGGGUCAGCCAUUCAGACUAAGACAUGUGACCACAGGGAAGUACCUCAGUCUGACAGAAGACAAAUCUCUGCUGCUGAUGGACAAAGAGAAAGCUGAUGUCAAGUCCACAGCCUUCUGCUUCAGGUCUUCCAAGGAAAAGUUGGACCCUGGUGUAAAGAAGGAGGUGGAUGGGAUGGGUGUUCCUGACAUUAAGUAUGGCGACUCUGUGUGCUACAUCCAACAUGUUGAUACCUGCCUAUGGCUCACCUACCAGACUGUUGAUGCCAAGUGUGCACGCAUGGGUGGAGUACAGAGAAAGGCCAUCAUGCACCACGAGGGUCACAUGGAUGACGGGCUGACCCUUUCUCGGUCACAACACGAAGAGAGUCGCACUGCUAGAGUGAUCCGCAGCACUGUGUUUCUGUUCAACCUAUUCAUCAGGGGCCUGGACACGCUAAGGAAAAAGGGGAAGAGCUCCACUCUAGAUCUACCAAUAGACUCAGUUAGUUUGAGUCUGCAAGAUCUGAUUGGCUACUUCCAGCCGCCUGGAGACCACCUGGAACAUGAAGACAAGCAGAACCGGCUAAGAGCGCUGAAAAACAGGCAGAACCUCUUUCAGGAAGAGGGUAUGAUCAGCCUGGUACUGGAGUGUAUUGAUCGCCUUCACGUCUACAACAGUGCAGCUCAUUUUGCUGAAGCAGUAGGAAGGGAGGCAGGAGAGGCCUGGAGCUCCAUCCUCAACUCCCUGUACCAGCUACUGGCUGCACUGAUCAGAGGAAAUAGGAAGAACUGUGCUCAGUUUUCUGGUUCGUUGGACUGGCUGAUUAGCAGACUGGAGAGACUGGAGGCCUCCUCUGGUAUACUAGAGGUGCUUCACUGUGUGCUGGUGGAGAGUCCUGAAGCACUGAACAUAAUCAAAGAGGGACACAUCAAGUCUAUUAUAUCCCUGCUGGACAAGCAUGGACGCAACCACAAGGUUCUGGAUGUGUUAUGUUCGCUGUGUGUGUGCCACGGCGUGGCUGUGCGCUCCAACCAGCACCUGAUCUGUGACAACCUUCUGCCAGGAAGAGAUCUGUUACUGCAGACCCGCCUGAUCAACCACGUAAGCAGCAUGCGUCCCAACAUCUUCCUGGGAGUCAGUGACGGCUCUGCUCAGUACAGGAAAUGGUACUAUGAGUUAAUCGUGGAUCAGGCACUGCCUUUUGUCACAGCAGAGGCCACUCACCUCAGGGUGGGCUGGGCCAACACCAGCGGCUAUGCACCCUACCCCAGCGGGGGGGAGGGGUGGGGGGGCAAUGGGGUGGGUGAUGACCUUUACUCCUACGGCUUUGACGGACUCCAUCUUUGGUCAGGCUGCAUUGCACGGACUGUUAACUCACCCAAUCAGCAUCUUCUGAGAGCAGAGGAUGUGGUGAGCUGCUGCCUGGACCUCAGUGUGCCCAGUAUCUCAUUCAGGAUCAACGGCCAGCCGGUUCAGGGCAUGUUUGAAAACUUCAACUCUGAUGGCCUUUUCUUCCCCGUGGCCAGCUUCUCUGCCGGAGUCAAGGUGCGUUUCCUCCUUGGGGGUCGUCAUGGGGAGUUUAAGUUCCUACCUCCUCCAGGUUACGCCCCUUGCUAUGAGGCGGUGUUGCCCAGGGAGAAACUGAAGCUAGAACCCAGUCAGGACCAGACUGCAGCCAGAGACCUGUUGGGACCUACUGUCACCUUGAGCCAGGCAGCAUUCACCCCCACCCCUGUGGACACCAGUCAGAUUGUGCUGCCACCUCACCUGGAGAGAAUCAGGGAGAAGCUUGCAGAAAACAUUCAUGAACUUUGGGUGAUGAACAAGAUAGAACUGGGCUGGACCUACGGCGCAGUGCGAGAUGAUAACAAGCGGCAACACCCCUGUCUGGUGGAGUUCUCCAAACUUCCUGAACAAGAGCGAAGCUACAACUUACAGAUGUCUUUAGAGACUCUCAAAACUCUCCUGGCCUUGGGUUGCCAUGUUGGCUUAGCAGACGAACACGCUGUAGAGAAAGUCAAGAGCAUGAAACUGUCGCCAACUUAUGAGUUGUCCAGUGGUUACAAGCCUGCACCUCUGGACCUGAGUCACAUCAAACUGACCUCCACCCAGGAAGCCAUGGUGGACAAACUGGCUGAGAAUGCACACAACGUCUGGGCAAGAGACCGCAUCCGCCAGGGCUGGACCUAUGGCAUCCAACAGGAUGUGAAGAACCGUAGAAACCCUCGCCUGGUACCCUACAUUCUGCUGGAUGAGAGAACCAAGAAGUCCAACAAAGACAGUCUGAGAGAGGCUGUCAGGACUUUGCUGGGAUAUGGAUACAACCUUGAAGCUCCCGACCAAGACCAUGCAGCUCAAUCUGACCCCAGCAACAUGUCUGCUGAGAGGUUCCGCAUUUUCAGAGCAGAGAAAACCUACUGUGUUAAUGCAGGGAAGUGGUACUUUGAGAUGGAGGUAUUAACAGCAGGGCAGAUGAGGGUGGGCUGGGCCAGGCCAGGAUGCCUCCCAGACCAGGAGCUGGGAUCUGAUGACCAGGCAUUUGUCUUUGAUGGCUUCAAGGUCCAGCGCUGGCAUCAGGGUAAUGAGCACUUUGGACGUGCCUGGCAGGCAGGCGACGUAGUCGGCUGCAUGGUGGAUCUGAAUGAACACACCAUGAUGUUCACACUUAAUGGAGAAGUUCUGCUCGAUGACUCUGGAUCUGAGCUGGCCUUCAAGGACUUUGAAGUCGGUGGAGGCUUUAUCCCAGUGUGCAGUCUGGGUGUGUGUCAGGUGGGCAGGAUGAACUUUGGUAAAGACGUCAGCACUUUGAAGUACUUCACCAUCUGUGGCCUGCAGGAAGGCUACGAGCCAUUUGCUGUCAACAUGAAUCGAGAUGUCACCAUGUGGCUCAGCAAGAGGCUUCCUCAGUUCGUCCCUGUCCCCACCAACCACCAACACAUAGAGGUGACAAGGAUAGAUGGGACAGUGGAGUCAUGUCCAUGCCUCAGGGUCACUCAGAAGUCAUUUGGCUCUCAGAACAGUUACACCGACAUUACCUUCUACAGACUGAGCAUGCCUAUAGAGUGUUCAGAGUCCUUCUCCAGAUCCCAGCCUAACGAGGGGCUCUUCUCACCAAAGCGGGAGCUGGAGGACUUUGAAACUGUGUCAGACUUUGAGGUCCUAAUGAAGACCUCUCAUGGUCACAAUGGUCCAAAUGGACCUGACAGAGACGAAUUCAACAACCACAAAGAUUAUAACCAGGAGAAGCCCUCAAAACUCAAGCAAAGGUUUAUGUUGAAGAGAAACAAGCCAGACAACAGCUGUCAAUCAUCUGCUCGCCUGUCAGAGGAGGUGAUGGCUGAUGACAGAGAUGAAUAUGAAUUCCUCAUGCAAGCCUCUACUCACUACUACUCAGUGCGGAUCUUCCCUGGUCAGGAUCCCAGCAAUGUGUGGGUGGGUUGGGUCACCUCUGACUUUCAUCAGUAUGACCCAAGCUUUGAGCUGCACAAAGUCCGAACUGUCACUGUCACCCUUGGAGAUGAGAAGGGCAAAGUUCAUGAGAGCAUAAAGCGGAGUAACUGUUACAUGGUGUGGGCUGGGGAGAGCACCAGUCCUGGUCAGGGGAGGAACAACAAUGGCUUGGAGAUUGGCUGUCUGGUCGACACAACAAACGGACUGCUGACCUUCACAGCCAACGGCAAAGAACUCAGCACAUACUACCAGGUGGAGCCUAGUACUAAGCUGUUCCCAGCAGUCUUUGCCAAGGCCACCAGCCCCAAUGUCUUCCAGUUCGAACUGGGUCGUAUUAAGAAUGUAAUGCCUCUCUCAGCUGGUCUGUUUAAGAGUGAGAGGAAGAACCCAGUUCCUCAGUGUCCUCCACGGCUGCACAUCCAGUUUCUCACUCCUGUAUUAUGGAGUCGCGUUCCCAACCACUUCCUCAAGGUGUCAGCAUCCAGAGUGAAUGACAGACAUGGUUGGCUGGUCCAGUGUAACGAACCUCUGCAGUUCAUGUCUCUGCACAUUCCGGAGGAGAGCAGGUCGUUGGAUAUCCUGGAGCUGUCUGAGCAGAGGGAUUUAUUAAAGUUUCACUACCAUACCCUCAGACUGUACUCUGCAAUCUGUGCACUGGGAAACAACCGGGUGGCACAUGCCCUCUGCUCCCAUGUAGACGAGUCACAGCUCCUGCAGGCUAUAGAGAACAAGUACAUGCCAGGUUUGCUUCGUGCGGGUUACUAUGACCUCCUUAUCGACAUCCAUCUGAACAGCUACGCCACAGCUCGACUCAUGAUGAACAAUGAGUACAUUGUUCCCAUGACAGAUGAAACCAAAAGCAUCAGCUUGUUUCCUGAUGAGAAGAAGAAACAUGGCCUGCCAGGCAUUGGCCUCAGUACCUCUCUGAGACCCAGAAUGCAGUUCUCAUCCCCGAGUUUUGUCUGUGGGAACGGACCUUCUCAGCGUAACAACAGCAACAGUGGAUCAGGAUCAGGGACAGGAGACUGUUUCCAGUACAGCCCUGAAUUCCCUUUAGACAUACUGAAAAUUAAAACCAUUGAAAUGCUAACGGAGGCAGUGCGGGAGGGAAGCAUGCACGUUCGAGAUCCAAUUGGAGGCAGCACUGAGUUUCUCUUUGUCCCCCUUAUCAAAUUGAUCUACACAAUGCUAAUCAUGGGAGUUUUCCAAAAUGGAGAUCUGAAGAACAUCCUUAGACUGAUUGAACCAUCUGUGUUUUCUGAAAGACGAGAAGGGCAGGAAGACAAGCACAUGGAGCUGGAGAUUGUGAAGGAAUUGGAGAUUGAAGGAAGAGGACAGGAUGGAGGGAGGAACUUGCCUAAAGAGGGGCUGUUACAGAUGAAACUGCCAGAGCCUGUAAAACUCCAGAUGUGCCAUGUGCUGCAGUACUUGUGUGACUGCCAGGUGCGCCAUCGAAUCGAGGCAGUGGUGGCCUUCUCUGAUGACUUUGUGGCCUGUCUCCAAGACAACCAGCGGUUCCGCUACAAUGAGGUGAUGUUAGCGCUGAACAUGUCUGCAGCCCUAACUGCCAAGAAGACCAAGGAGUUCAGAUCUCCUCCUCAGGAACAGAUCAACAUGCUGCUGAACUUUAAGGAUGACAAGCAGGAGUGUCCCUGUCCUGAAUACAUUCGAGAGCAGCUGCUUGACUUCCAUGAAGACCUGAUGAGACACUGUGGUAUAGAGUUGGAUGAGGAGAGAGGAAUAGAUGGUGACAGUGAUUUCACCAUCCGAGGUCGACUCAUGUCUUUGGUGGAGAAAGUGGCUUACCUGAAGAAGAAGAUGGCCAACCUGCCAAAGGAGAAAAAACACAGGAAACCCAGUACCUUACAGCAGUUGAUUUCAGAUACGAUGGUCCGCUGGGCUCAGGAGUCAGUUAUUGAAGAUCCAGAUCUGGUCAGAGCCAUGUUUGUUCUUCUGCACCGGCAGUACGAUGGCAUUGGAGGACAGGUGCGAGCUCUUCCUAAGACCUACACUAUAAACUCUGUGUCAAUCGAGGACACCAUCAACCUGUUGGCUGCUCUGGGUCAGAUCAGAUCUCUGCUGAGUGUCCGUAUGGGAAGAGAGGAGGAGAAGCUGAUGAUCAGAGGGUUGGGUGAUAUCAUGAACAACAAGGUGUUCUACCAGCACCCUAACCUGAUGAGAGCUCUGGGAAUGCAUGAGACUGUCAUGGAGGUCAUGGUCAAUGUACUCAGUGGAGGAGACUCCAAGGAAAUCACCUUUCCUAAAAUGGUGGCCAACUGUUGUCGAUUUCUAUGUUACUUCUGUCGAAUCAGCCGUCAGAACCAGAAAGCCAUGUUUGACCAUCUCAGUUACCUGCUGGAGAACAGCAGUGUUGGCCUUGCAUCUCCUUCCAUGCGAGGCUCUACUCCUCUGGAUGUGGCUGCAGCAUCAGUCAUGGAUAAUAAUGAAUUAGCCCUGGCUUUAAGAGAGCCAGACCUGGAGAAGGUGGUGCAGUACCUGGCAGGCUGUGGACUGCAGAGCUGUGUGAUGCUGGUGCAUAAAGGAUACCCUGACAUCGGCUGGAACCCCGUGGAGGGUGAACGCUAUCUCGACUUCCUGCGCUUUGCUGUCUUCUGCAACGGUGAAAGUGUAGAGGAGAAUGCCAAUGUUGUGGUGAGGCUUCUGAUUCGCCGACCAGAAUGUUUUGGCCCUGCCCUUCGGGGUGAAGGUGGUGAUGGGUUGUUGGCAGCAAUGGAGGAAGCUAUUAAGAUCUCUCAGGAUCUCUCCGAAGAUGGUCCUUCUCCUUCGUCGGAAAGCAGCAAGACACUCAGUGACAUGCUAGAGGAAGAGGAGGAUGAUACCAUCCAUAUGGGAAAUGCCAUCAUGACCUUUUACGCUGCUCUCAUUGACCUCUUAGGCCGCUGUGCUCCAGAGAUGCAUCUGAUCCAUGCUGGCAAAGGUGAAGCAAUCCGUAUCAGAGCCAUUCUCAGGUCUCUGAUUCCUAUUGAAGACCUGGUGGGAGUCAUCAGCAUUCCAUUCUCUAUGCCCAGCCUGGCUAAAGAUGGGUUGGUGGUGGAGCCAGACAUGUCAGCUGGUUUCUGUCCAGACCAUAAAGCAGCCAUGGUCCUGUUUCUGGACCGAGUCUAUGGUAUAGAAGACCAAAAUUUCCUGUUGCAUCUACUGGAGGUUGGCUUCUUACCAGACCUAAGAGCUGCCGCCUCUUUGGACACUGUUGCCCUCAGUGCCACAGACAUGGCUCUCGCCCUCAACAGGUAUCUGUGUACAGCUGUGUUGCCUCUCCUAACUAAAUGUGCUCCGCUGUUUGCCGGAACAGAGCCAUUCGCCUCACUGAUCGACUCCCUGCUCCACACGGUUUACCGCCUGUCCAAAGGCUGCUGCCUCACCAAGGCCCAGCGGGAUGCCAUAGAGGAGUGUCUGCUGGCUGUUUGUGGUAAGCUGAGGCCUUCCAUGAUGCAGCACCUGCUGAGGAGGCUGGUGUUUGAUGUUCCUCUUCUAAAUGAACAUACCAAGAUGCCUCUGAAGCUUUUGACCAAUCACUAUGAGCGAUGUUGGAAAUAUUACUGCCUGGCUGGUGGCUGGGGCAACUUUGGAGCCGCAUCAGAUGAAGAGCUUCAUCUCUCCAGGAAACUGUUUUGGGGAAUAUUUGAUGCUCUGUCACACAAGCGGUAUGACCAGGAGCUGUUUAAGCUGGCCUUACCGUGUCUCAGUGCUGUGGCCGGAGCUCUUCCUCCAGACUACAUGGAGUCCAACUACAUGGCCAUGAUGGAGAAACAGUCGUCCAUGGACUCAGAGGGAAACUUCACUCCAAGGCCUGCAGACACUGCCAAUGUGACUGUCCCAGAGAAACUGGACUAUUUCAUAACAAAAUAUGCAGAGCACAACCAUGAGAAGUGGUGUAUAGAAAAGUUUUCCAAUGGCUGGUCAUUUGGAGAACAGAUGUGUGAAAUUUCCAAGAGCCACACCUUAUUGAAACCAUACAAAAGCCUCUCUGAGAAGGAUAAAGAAGCGUAUUGCUGGCCAAUCAGAGAGUCUUUGAAGACCAUGCUCUCAUGGGGCUGGAGCAUUGACAGGAUCAGAGAGGGUGACCCUGCUAGCCUCCACAACAAGUCCAGGAGGAUAUCACAGGCCAGCCAGCUCUCUUUUGAGGGAGCGGCAGCUUUCAGCCCCAGACCCAUUGAUAUGAGCAACGUUACGCUGUCUAGAGACAUGCAGUCUAUGGCUGAACUGCUUGCAGAGAAUUAUCAUAAUAUCUGGGCCAGGAAAAAGAAAAUGGAUCUGGAAGCCAAAGGUGGAGGAAAUCAUCCUCUGCUGGUUCCCUACGAUACACUGACAGCCAAAGAGAAAUCCAAAGACAGAGAAAAAGCACAAGACAUCCUCAAGUUCCUCCAGAUCAAUGGUUACACCGUGUCCAGGGGUGUGAAGUCACAGGAGCUGGACACUCCAGCUAUAGAGAAACGAUUUGCCUACACCUUCCUUCAGCAGCUCAUCACAUACGUCGACCAGGCGCACAAACACAUGAUGGAGUUCGAUGUGGGAGCAAGACAGAAAGGAGAGAAGAUUCCUCAUGAGCAGCAAAUUAAGUUUUUUGGAAAGGUUGUCUUGCCAUUGGUGGAUCAGUACUUUAAAAACCACAGGCUGUACUUCCUAUCCACAGCCAUCCAUCCAAUCAGCAGUGGUGGCCACGCCUCCAACAAGGAGAAGGAGAUGGUGACCAGUCUUUUCUGCAAACUGGGAGUUCUUGUCAGAAAUAGGAUAUCCUUAUUUGGUAACAAUGCCACAUCCAUAGUCAACUGUCUGCAGAUACUAGGACAAAGCCUGGACGCCAGGACAGUGAUGAAGACUGGUCUGGAGUCAGUGAAGGCAGCACUGAGGUCCUACUUUGACAGUGCAGCAGAAGAUCUGGAGAAGACGCAGGAGAACCUGAAGCUCGGUCAGUUCACUCACAGCAGGGAGCAGCCCAGGGGAGUCACUCAGAUCAUCAACUACACUACCUUUGCCCUGCUGCCCGUCCUGUCCUCCCUGUUUGAACACAUUGGACAGAACAUGUUUGGAGAAGACCUCAUGUUGGAUGAUGUCCAGGUGUCCUGCUACAGAAUCCUCAACAGCCUCUACUUUCUGGGAACCAACAAAAGCAUUUAUGUGGAGAGGCAGCGUCCAGCAUUAGGAAAGUGUUUAGCCGCCUUCUCGGCAGCCUUCCCUGUUGCUUUCCUAGAGCAUCACAUCAACAAGUUCAACAGCUUCUCCAUUUACAUCAGCAAAGGAGCUAAAGACAGAGCAGCUCUAGGUCUUCCAGGGCAGGUUGGGGAUGUUUGUCCUCUGAUCCCAAACUUAGAGAAGUCUUUGGAGGAGAUCAUGGAAUUGGCUGAGUCUGGCAUGAGAUACACUCAGAUGCCACAUGUCAUGGAGGUGGUGUUGCCGAUGUUGUGCAGCUACAUGUCUCACUGGUGGGAACAUGGACCAGAGAACAACCCAGACAAAGCUGACAGCUGCUGCACUUCUGUGACCUCUGAACAUAUGAACACUCUGCUGGGAAAUAUUCUGAAGAUUAUCUACAACAAUCUUGGAAUAGAUGAAGGAGCUUGGAUGAAAAGACUAGCAGUCUUCUCCCAGCCAAUCAUCAGCAAAGCUAAAGCCCAACUGCUCAAGACCCACUUCCUUCCUCUGAUGGAGAAACUCAAAAAGAAGGCAGCAGUUGUGCUGAUGGAUGAGGAGCACAGCAAGGCGGAGGGGAGGGGUGAGAUGUCAGAAACAGAGCUUCUCAUCAUGGACCAGUUCACCGUACUGGUCAGAGACCUGUAUGCCUUCUAUCCUCUCCUCAUACGAUUUGUUGACUACAACAGGGCCAGAUGGCUGAAAGAGUCCAACCCAGAGGCUGAGGAGCUGUUCCGCAUGGUGGCUGAGGUUUUCAUUUUCUGGGCCAAGUCUCAUAACUUCAAGAGAGAAGAGCAGAACUUUGUAGUCCAGAAUGAAAUCAACAAUAUGUCCUUCCUCAUCACUGACACUAAGUGCAAGAUGUCAAAGGGAAUAGUUUCAGACCAGGAGAGGAAGAAGAUGAAGAGAAAGGGAGAUCGAUACUCAAUGCAAACGAGUCUUAUCGUUGCCACUCUGAAGCGCCUGCUGCCUGUUGGACUCAACAUCUGUGCCCCUGGAGAACAAGAGCUCAUCGCACUAGCUAAGAACCGCUUCACUCAGAAAGAUACCGAGGAUGAAGUUCGAGAGAUCAUCAGGAAUAAUCUCCAUUUACAGGGAAAGUUGGAGGACCCAGCUAUUCGAUGGCAGAUGGCUUUGUACAGAGACCUCCCAAACCACUAUGAGGACACCUCUGACCCAGAGAAGACUGUGGAGAGAGUUCUGGACAUUGCUCAUGUCCUCUUUCACCUAGACCAGGUUGAACAUCCUCAGCGGAGUAAAAAGGCUGUGUGGCACAAACUGCUGUCCAAACAGAGGAAGAGAGCAGUGGUUGCGUGCUUUAGAAUGGCACCGCUCUAUAACCUGCCCAGGCACCGGGCUGUCAACUUGUUUCUGCAGGGCUAUGAGAAGUCCUGGAUUGAAGCAGAGGAACAUUACUUUGAGGAUAAACUCAUAGAAGACCUUGCUAAACCAGGUGAACAGGAGCCAACCGAGGAAGAGGAGGCUUUGAAGCAUAUUGAUCCACUGCAUCAGCUCAUUCAGCUGUUCAGCAGAACAGCUCUCACAGAGAAGUGUAAACUGGAUGAGGAUAAUCUCUACAUGGCUUAUGCUGACAUCAUGGCUAAGAGUUGCCAUGAUGAAGAGGAUGAGGAUGGGGAGGAAGUGAAGAGUUUUGAAGAGAAGGAGAUGGAGAAGCAGAAGCUGUUGUAUCAGCAGGCCCGACUGCAUGACCGUGGAGCUGCUGAGAUGGUGCUUCAAACCAUCAGUGCUAGCAAAGGUGAGAUGGGUCCUAUGGUGGCGUCCACUCUAAAGCUGGGCAUCGCUAUCCUCAAUGGAGGAAACUCCACUGUACAGCAGAAAAUGUUGGAUUAUCUGAAAGACAAGAAGGAUGUGGGCUUUUUUCAGAGUCUGGCUGGUCUGAUGCAGUCAUGCAGUGUUCUGGAUCUAAAUGCAUUUGAGAGGCAGAACAAAGCAGAAGGGUUAGGAAUGGUGACAGAGGAGGGAUCAGUCAUCACUCAUGAGCGUGGUGAGAAGGUCAUGCAGGAUGAUGAGUUCACCUGUGACCUUUUCCGCUUCCUGCAGCUGCUCUGUGAAGGACACAACUCAGAUUUUCAGAACUACUUGAGGACACAAACGGGGAACAAUACGACUGUCAACAUCAUUAUCUCUACUGUUGACUACCUCCUCAGAGUGCAGGAAUCAAUCAGUGAUUUUUACUGGUAUUACUCUGGCAAAGAUGUUAUUGACGAACAGGGCCAGAGGAAUUUCUCCAAGGCAAUAAAUGUGGCCAAGCAGGUUUUCAAUACACUCACAGAGUACAUCCAGGGUCCGUGUACUGGCAACCAGCAGAGUCUGGCCCAUAGUCGACUGUGGGACGCCGUGGUUGGUUUCCUACAUGUCUUCGCUCAUAUGCAGAUGAAAUUAUCUCAGGACUCCAGUCAGAUUGAGUUACUAAAGGAGCUGAUGGAUUUGCAGAAAGACAUGGUGGUCAUGCUGCUGUCUAUGCUGGAAGGUAAUGUUGUGAAUGGGACCAUUGGGAAGCAGAUGGUGGACAUGUUGGUGGAGUCCUCCAACAAUGUGGAAAUGAUCCUCAAGUUCUUUGACAUGUUCCUCAAACUGAAAGACCUGACCUCCUCAGACACCUUCAAGGAGUAUGACCCUGAUGGAAAAGGUGUCAUCUCCAAGAGAGACUUCCAUAAGGCUAUGGAGAGCCACAAACACUACACCCAGUCUGAGACAGAGUUCCUGAUCUCCUGUGCUGAGACUGAUGAGAAUGAACUUCUGGACUAUGAAGAAUUUGUGGAGCGCUUUCAUGAGCCAGCCAAGGACAUUGGCUUCAAUGUGGCUGUUUUGCUGACCAACCUGUCGGAGCACAUGCCUCAUGACACCCGGCUGCAGACCUUCCUGGAGCUGGCAGAGAGCGUCCUCAACUACUUCCAACCAUACCUGGGCCGGAUUGAGAUCAUGGGCAGUGCCAAACGCAUUGAAAGGGUCUAUUUUGAGAUCAGCGAGUCCAGUCGAACACAGUGGGAGAAACCUCAGGUCAAGGAAUCCAAGCGUCAGUUCAUCUUUGACGUUGUGAAUGAAGGAGGGGAGAAAGAAAAGAUGGAGCUGUUUGUGAAUUUCUGUGAGGACACUAUCUUUGAAAUGCAGCUGGCGGCUCAGAUGUCUGAUGCUGGUGAGCGUUCAGCGGUGAAAGAGGAGAGUGAGCGGGAAAAGCCAGACGAGGAGAACCCUGACAUGGGUUUCUUCUCUGUUACCACUGUCCGCAUGGCUCUGCUAGCUCUGCGAUACAACUUCAUGCUGCUCAUAAAGGUCCUGUCCAUGAAGAGUUUGAAGAAGCAGAUGAAGAAGAUUAAGAACAUGACAGUGAAGGACAUGGUAACCACCCUGGUGUCCUUCUACUGGUCCGUGUUGCUGGGCCUCCUUCACGUGGCUUUCAGUGUGGCCCGAGGAUUUUGCAGAAUCUUUUACAACACCUUCAUGGGAGGCAAUCUGGUGGAGGGGGCCAAGACUAUAAAGGUGUCAGAGCUGCUGGCCAACAUGCCCGAUCCCACCCAGGACGAGGUGAGGGGUGAAGGGGAAGACAGAGAGAAGAGACCCUGCACUGAGCGCAGCUCCCCAAAGGAGGACCUGGCUGACCUGGCAGUGAACACCAAUGAGACUGAGCUGCUGUCGGACAUUUUUGGCCUGGACUUAAGAAGAGAAGGGGGGCAGUACAAGAUCACCCCACAUAACCCCAACGCCAGCCUAAAUGAACUGCUCAACACCCCACUUCCCUCCCCAACCCCCCCUACCCCACCAACAGCACACCCGCCUGAGCUUAGACGGAGGCAUCAUUCGAAGAGCUCCUCCUCGGACGAGAAGGAGGCAACCGCAGAGACACGAUGUGAACCUGAGAAAACAUCAGAUGGUGGACAUGUAGAGAAACAACAGAAGAAUGAAAAGAUGAAGCCAAAAGUGAGGAGACAUCGCAGCUCAAAGUCCGAUGAACCCGAUCUGCAGGAGUCUGCCGUUUUAAAGAAGAUCAUAGCGUACCAGAGGAAACUACUGAACUACUUUGCCAGGAACUUCUACAACAUGAGAAUGCUGGCUCUGUUUGUUGCCUUUGCAAUCAACUUCAUCCUCCUGUUCUAUAAGGUUUCUACAUCCUCAUCUGUGAUUGAGGAAAGGGAAGUGGUGUACAGCAGCAGCCAACCGGACAGCAAGGUUCAGUGGGAUCCACUGGCAAUGGAAGCAAUGGAGACAAGGGAGGAGGGGACAGAUGAGGCUGGGGAGACCCUGAAGCCUGUCACAGUCCGCUUUGUCCUGGAGGAGAGCAGUGGAUACAUGGAGCCCAUGUUACGGAUCCUGGCCGUCCUGCAUACUGUCAUCUCCUUCUUCUGUAUCAUCGGAUACUACUGUCUCAAGGUGCCACUGGUGAUCUUUAAGCGUGAGAAGGAGGUGGCCAGGAAGCUGGAAUUUGAUGGCCUUUACAUCACAGAACAACCCUCUGAGGAUGACAUUAAGGGACAGUGGGACAGACUAGUGAUCAACACACAAUCUUUUCCCAACAACUACUGGGAUAAGUUUGUGAAAAGGAAGGUGAUGGAUAAAUAUGGAGAGUUCUAUGGCCAUGACCGCAUCAGUGAAUUGCUGGGAAUGGACAAGGCUGCUCUGGACUUCAGUGAUGCUCACAAAAAGAGAAAGCCCAGGAGAGACAGCUCACUGGCUGCUGUGCUCAACUCAAUUGAUGUCAAGUACCAGAUCUGGAAGCUGGGGGUCGUAUUCACAGACAAUUCCUUCCUGUAUCUGGCCUGGUACAUGACCAUGUCCAUCCUGGGUCACUAUAACAACUUUUUCUUUGCUGCCCAUCUGCUUGACAUUGCCAUGGGCUUCAAGACACUGCGUACCAUUUUGUCCUCGGUCACGCACAAUGGCAAACAGCUGGUGUUAACAGUUGGCCUGUUAGCGGUGGUGGUGUACCUCUACACUGUAGUGGCCUUCAACUUCUUCAGGAAGUUCUACAACAAGGGCGAAGAUGGAGAACUACCAGACAUGAAGUGUGACGACAUGUUGACAUGCUACAUGUUCCAUAUGUACGUAGGUGUGAGAGCAGGCGGAGGGAUCGGUGAUCAGAUCGAGGACCCAGCGGGUGACGAGUAUGAGAUCUAUCGUAUCAUCUUUGACAUCACCUUCUUCUUCUUUGUCAUUGUAAUCCUCCUGGCUAUCAUCCAGGGGUUGAUCAUCGAUGCUUUUGGAGAGUUGAGGGACCAGCAGGAACAAGUGAAAGAAGACAUGGAGACCAAAUGUUUUAUCUGUGGAAUAGGCAAUGACUACUUUGACACAGUGCCACACGGCUUUGAAACGCACACACUACAGGAGCACAAUUUAGCCAACUACCUAUUUUUUGUGAUGUAUCUCAUCAACAAAGAUGAAACAGAGCACACAGGCCAGGAGUCUUAUGUAUGGAAGAUGUACCAGGAGCGUUGCUGGGAGUUCUUCCCUGCUGGUGACUGUUUCCGGAAACAGUACGAGGAUCAGCUCAACUGAUCUCUUCUUGGAGCAACAGACUCUUACCUUUCAUACUGUACCCUGUUGAAGGCCCUCUACAGCCAUCAUUCCUCUGCUUAGCCCUCAAACCUUUAUUACUGUUCUCUAAGGAGUGCCUGUUCUACCAAACAGCAGGUUUCACACUUGGCUCUGCUUUCCAAUCCAGGAGGAACUCAAUGUUCAGCCUCCUCUACAGGCCCCACCCUAAACCUUCCUCCCAGCUCUUCCUCAUCCAGACAGCCAACUUGCCAGCUCUGCCAGAACUUCCAGCACAUUUUGUUUGGAAUGCUUCUAAGACUUUGUACAUGGAAAACAUUAGAUUAUAUCCUGUAAAAUAUGCGACUGGUGGCUCAGAUGAUGACUUCUUUGCUUCAUCUUAUUCUACAUUCACAGUAACAAGCAAAAAAAAAAAAAAAAGCAGCAAAGGAAUAAUGGAGCAAGGGAAAAGGGAAGCACCCAAAAUGGACAGAGAAGGAGAGCAAAAGGAACAUAGAGAGUAUUUCUCCUGAAAGACUUUCAGGACAGUGACUGAAACACAAAGAGCGAGCAUUAGUAUGACGAUGUUUACGAUUUUUAAUGUGUACAGUGCACGCUGCAUGUAGGUAUAGGUGGUGGACACACAAAAGAAACACCUCUACAACCUUGCUGUAAUCCAACACACAAUAGCUCUGCAAUAAAUUUGAUCUUGGAGGAGAUGACAUGCUCAGCUUUUGUUAAGACUGUCAAAGAGGUGAUGAUUUGAUUAAACUCUAAAAGUUACUUUAUGAUGUUUUUUUUGUUUGUUUGUUUGUGGUACAUGAUGAGUGGGAAGAUGAAAGGUGCCUCAGCACAAUAAUUUAAUCAAACACAUCAUCAUCCUUUAAUCUCACAAUUACCACAGAGUGAAAUCAGCACCUCUCUGAUGCUGUCAAUGAAAACUGAACAUCCUGAUUUCCACAAACAGGACCGCUGUACUGGAUUCAAUUCAAGUAUGGUUUACAGAUUUUAACUGUGUCCACACUCUGUACAUGCCAACACUGUGUGUGAAGGGCUCCUUAACUAAGUGUUCAGUUGCUAUCAACAGUCCAUUUUAUCCCAGCUGAGCUGUAGUAUGGAUGUCAACAGGUCAUAAUCCUCCAUCAGCCUGCAAGUUAUUAUUUAUUUAGGUUUUUUGUUGUUGUUGAAGGCAACAGAAAUAAUACAUGUCUGCCAAAAAUGCUUGCAAUAUGGUUGAAUCCAUUGGCAUCUUUGGUAAGUCUAUUUAUCUCUUUUUUUUUUUUUUAUUUCAAAAAUUUUCAACCGGUAGUGGGAUGACCUUAGAAUCGAGACAUCUGUUUCAGAGGUCUUCACAGGUCCAAAAAUUAGUACCCGAACUCAAAAAGACCCAGAAAUGUACUACCUGAAACCAAACUAUUUUGAAAUUUGAAACUUUUUUGAUUCUUUUGCGAGCUGGAACCCAGACCCAUGCAGAACUGAGACAUGUCUGACCUAAACUGCACCUGUGCUAAUGCUGAUUUCAUCAGCAGUCUUCUCCCCUGUGCCUGGCCAUCUGGUUUAAAAAAAAUAUCCUGGAUUUCUUUUAUUCCUCUCUUGGUGAUUGAAACAGUAUUGCUAAUUCACUCCUUAUUUCGGCGUCCACUUUGAGUCCACUUUGCUGCCAUGGUGCCAGAAGACAAAUGGGACUUUGUAGUUUCGUUGCUAUAAUAACUAUUUCAUAUUUGCUGCCUCAGCUACUACUAAUUUGCUAUCAUCUGUGCCCUUGAGGCGAGUCUGACCUCUGACCAUCUGACCCUUCAGCUUUUGAACAGGAGCACUUGCUCACGCAGGUCAUUUGGUACCACCUUGUGUCACAGAAGCACUCGUUUGCUUGCAGUCCAUGUUCCACUACAUAAUCAGUGCUGUCUGAUUAUGACCAGGUCUUCUUGGAACCACUCAGGUAUAACACAUAACGUGUAAAACAGACCUGUGACCCACAUUAAUAGAACAAGACCCAACCAAAACCUUAUUGGCUGUAUAAAACGUAGGUCCAAACCUGGACAGGUUGCAGGUCAGGUCUCGGGUCCUAGUGUUUGGGUGGGCCCAUGAACACCUUUAGUCUCUCUGUCCAACACUUUGGUCUACAUCAAUAUAUGUGGACAACUGUUGGUUAGAUUGCCAUGAAAUUUAAUGAGCACAUUUGUACUCCUUGUUAACUUUUCUGACCACAUGACAGGGCAUCACUGUCCAGACAAACAUUACAUGUUUAGCCCCACUCCAGUAUUGCAUUGUGUAAGAAACAUCACUCAUUGGUGGGGCCAGACUGGGACGUAAGACAGCCAAAAAGGAAUUUAUCUGUUUGAAACUUCAUAGCUGCAGACAAAGUUAAUGUGUGCUUGUUGGUGACGAUAAAUAGUCAGCCAUAUUUGAGCAGCCCAUCAGUCAUGUUUCCUGCAGUGGAAAUGUGCAGCAAGUGCAGGAUGAAGAGAGAUGAUCAGUGGGUAGAUGAAAGUACAGGAAGGGGAGACUGGAGGAUACAGUGCCUUAUGAAACCAGGGGUGACCUAUGCAAGCUGAAGUAAGGGGGCUUCACAUAAACACAGUGUAGACCGAGGAUAACGCCAAGAGCUGGGUGAUGGGGUGUUGAUGAAAGAUAAAAACAAGCCGCAUGUGAGCUCUAAAUCAGACAUAGAGAAAGAGAUGGUGGAAGGAUGGAGCUUGCUUUAUAACUUUAUGCAGUGCAAAUAAGGGUGUUACAGUUUGAAAAAAUGUACAGUUCAGUAUGUUUUAAUCCACUCUGUCAUCAAAUGACAAUGACGUUAUCAUGUAGAGUUCUGGAAAGUCCCGUUUUUGUUUGAAACCACAGCAGCAAAUGAGGUCACAUUUCAUCUUGACUGAAAACUGAAUGGGGAUGUUCAGUGUCACUAGCAGUAGUGUUGUAAUAAGAGAGCGACCUCCAUUGUCCUAUAGCACUGUGCACUUAAGAACAAAUGGUUUCUUCCUUUUAAGGUGAAAACAGAAACUUUAAAACAUCAACUUUCAAGGUGUUUCCAAGUGAUGUUAUUGUUAGCUUUUUUCCUGAGUUCCUUUCUGCUCCUGGUUUGUUUUCUGUUGGUAUUAGAUAUUUGUAGAGAUAGCAACACAGCUACUGCUAGAAGCCUGGCUGCUGUCCAAAGCAAGAAACAAUCGUAAGAAUCCCAAUUUGAAAAUCUUACCUUAGUAUUAUGAUAAAGGCAGAGUAAAACACCUUGUUAAGUGAGCAGGUUUUGUUACUUACUGAUCUUGUCGAAGAAAUGUCAACUCGGUUGUCGGUUCUGAAAGCUCUCCAGUCCUGGGAAACACACAGGUGGGGGAACACACUCUGACACAACACUGGAGUUCUCUCCUUCGAGUGAAUGCCCAUCCGUUGACUCGUGUUUAUUACCUCGGUUUCUGUCACUCUCCCGCUUUGCCUUCUCUGUCUCCUCCAUCACUGGGGUUCUUUUUUCUCUUGCAGGGUAGAGUUCUCACAGAUACUCCAGUUGUUCCACUGUUAACUGCGGAUAGCUACCGGUGAAAACAAUUCUGUUCUUGUUGUGCAAUCUCAGAUGUGCUUCCAUGGUGCCAUUAAUAGAGCCUUAAUUUUUCUGGGAAAAAUCCUGUCAGGUGGCAGACAGAUUAGCAUAGUGAAAAUGAGACUUAUAGGAAACAUAUGUUAAUGGUGUCAUUUUUCUAUGUCCAUCACACUGCUUAAUCAAUAUUUACUUAAUAAGUUUAAGCAAAAAAUAUUCUCUAUUUCCACUUUAACAAAAGUAUUCUUAGACUGCACGAGAGCAAGGUGGACCUGAUAAACUGAGUGUAUGUUGCAGUACUUGUGUAGUCUAUUGCAGUGUGUCAGUGAUGACUGGCCCCAUCAGCAUAGAUGGUUAUCAUGAUACUUUGCAAAAUUCAUCAUUUAUGAUGCUGUCAAACCACCAACUUUAAGAGUUCAUCCUAUUAGCUUAGCUUUGGUUUUGUGCAGGCUGCUGCAGACAAACAUGCUGUAUACAUUCUGUCUCGUGGAGCAAUAUUGGAGUCACUGUCAAGAGACAGACAUCCAUCAUCCAUGUCAACGUGUUUGCUUGUAUGCUCCUUUGCUUUCUAUUUCAUAUUUGAAUUAGAUCCCUCACUACAAAGCAGAAAAAGCAGCAGUAAAGUGAAGCACAAACCUUCCAUAGAACACAUUUUAUGACUUACAAAGUUUGGAUCUUGUAGGAUUUGGGUCAGAAUGCACAGACAAGGGACAAAUGAAUGAUAUUAGAAACAAAAUAGUCUUUUUAAAGCAUAAUUAUUAUUGCAUUUUUUUUUUUUUUUUUUCACUGAUUCAUUCCUCAGUGAAAGGAUGUGUCUGUUGAUUGAAUGAAUGCUCAUAGCUGGCAAAUGUUAAUGAACAUGUCCUGGCAACAUUUUUAAAUAAGGAUUGUUUGUCUGACGCCUUUUGAUUUCUUUCUCUUUUUUUUGUGAUGAUCUUAUGCAAUACAGCAAACAGAGUUACUCUUUUUGUAUAGAUAUUCUCUGAAAAACUCUACUCAGAAAAAAAAAAUGCCAUUGCAUGUUUAUUCUGCGGGUUUUAUGAACAAGUAUAACAAAAACCACAAAAUCUAUGUCACCCAUAAAUUGUUUAAUAAGAUUAUUUAAGAUGAAUUAAGAUUUCUGUAAUAUUGUAUUUAAGUGUUGUAGGCUUCAUUGUAACUCUUCAAGUCAUUUGCCACAUGUGCAUCCCUUUGAAAAAAGUGGCUCCUGCUUCUCUCUCACUUAACUAUAUCUGUUUUAAUAAACUAUGAGUCAAAGGUUUAAGUAUUAAUUGGUUUUAAGCUCAAGCAAUAGCCCUUCAGGGACUGUAUGGGAGGUGACUGACAAAUGUAAAUUGCAAGAAAAAAGCAAAACGAAUAAAAGCUUGCUCAACUUUAUCUCAUUAAAAUACAAUUAGUUAUUCGUAUAUUAUUUAUUUAAUUUAAUUUAAUAAUACUAAGAAAAUAAAACAGAGCUUCUUUUAAAAUAGUUUAUCACUUAAUCUUAAAGGUGCAAUUCAUAUUUAUAGAGUAACAUUUUAUUGGUUCUGCACAAAUCAAACAUUACGUACAUGCCGGGUUGUCACUCUUCUGUUUUAGCUGUCAGCUUUCUUGUUUCAUUACAGAAGUUGCUUAAAAGACACGAGGCCUUGAGAACAGUAUACUAUCACUUUUGUUGUUUUUGUCUUUGUGCCACUACAGACUGCUAAAGAGCCAUCUUUUACCAAUUGCACCUUUAAUGUUCAGUGAGGAUGCACGAACAGUUUACAUUUAGCACUGACUGUACAAGUAUGAAAACACAGUGGAUGUUACAGUUGCAAGCAAACAAUGUGGUUGUUGUGUAUAUUGGAGUGCGCUCAUUAUACCACAAUGUCAGGCCUAGUUUUACAGUUUUGUUUUUUUUUAUUGCAAUACCACACUGAAUGUCGUUUCUAAGUGGUAUUUUGCUCAUGCAAAAAUAAAUAUUUUACAUAUUUACCACAGAGGGGCAUGCUUAGUUUGCCACACAGUAGUGCAUCAUACAGACAUUUUGAGUAGGCUAUUGCUGCUUCUGAGAGAUAAAUGUGUGUAAAGAAAACUUGGGUCUAAGAGUUAUGAAUGGAUCUGCAUGAUUUUAAAAUAAAACUUUUUAUUUAUUAACUUG